GAUUCUCCGUGUUUUUCUCUGAAACACCGACUUCAGAACGAUUCCUGUGAAAUCCGGACAUCACAGUCCGCAAUCCCGGGACAGUCCUGCUCUCUUCCCUCUCUCUCAGCCUCACGAUCCGUACACGGGCCCCGGGGAGCUUCCGGCUGAUGAGGGAAUGGGAACCGAUGGAUCUCUCAGACAGAGCUGAGCUCCAGCUAUCUAAAUGCAAGGAUGAGGAACUCGGAGAAAGGGAACAAAAUCUUUUACAUCACCAGUUGAGAAAUUCGCCUUUGUUCUACCUCCGAUCACUGACAGGAGAAAACCUGCAGAUGCUGGAAAUCCAACCAACACACACAAAAUGCCGGAGGAACUCAGCAUUAGUACUCUUUUCCAUAGAUGCUGCUCGGCCUGCUGAGUUCCUCCAGCAUUUUGUUUGUGUUGCUUGUUCCACCUCCUCUUGUUCUGGACUUUUCUACCCGUGACGACAUGUUUUGUCCCAUUCUCUCUGGAAGAUAAUAUCAAAAACCUUUGCCCUGGGCAACAAGUAGCUUUCACAUCAAAUGUGCCAGACUCCAGUGAGACAGACUUCUGCCCAUCCCUUCAUAUUCAUUGGGAUUGACAUCACUGAGGUCACCACCGUCAGUCAUUGGGGGAGACUUCAGGGGAAAUAUUUAUGUACAAUACAGAAACUGGUGAUACCUGUGUGUAUUGUGGUGAUGCGAAAGUUGUUGGAGAGUUUACAAGAGGGAAGAAUUGGAGUGAUAUUUGGAAAUCUGACUUUUUAAAGUGUAAUUUAGCAAGCAAACCACUUGUGGACAAAGUGCAAAAGCACUGGUGAGAAAAUCCUUCAUUACCCGUUACAGGCCUGUGACAUGGUGUGAGAGGGCAGAUGAACUGAAUCGAGCCCAGAGAAGAUCACAGUUCUUACAGACAGUGAUUUGCUGGCUGAUAAAAUGAAUACCUCUCUAUAUAAAAUUCGCAGUGCACAUGGCGUCACUGGGUAAAAUAUUGCACAGUACAAGAUUUCUGUGCACACUGGUGGUUACAAAUUAGAGGGGACAUUGGUGGGGAGAACUCCAGUGUCCCUGACACCCUCACCUACAAGAUGUGCACCCAGCUGCACUUUGAGGAGUUGGAGCUGAAAAUGGAUGAAUUUUGGAUCAUCCAGCAGUUGGAGGGGGUGAUAGAUAUGACAUGAAGAGAGGUUAAAAAUUGCAAGGAAUUUGAGUAUGGGAAUCUCGAACACAACACAGCAGUUUUGCUGUCUCUGUCCAGAUAUUUAAGAAGUGGAGCUGGGGUUUCAGUCAAUCAUCCUUCCUGCUUAGACUGUCAGGAGGGAUUCACUCGAUCAUCUGACCAACUGGCAUGCCCGUUAGUUUACAUGGAGGGGAGCCCAUUCAUCUUCUCAGACAGUGGGAAUGAAUUCACUCGGUCAUCUCAACUGAAGGUACAUUAGCAAGUUCACACUGGGCAAGGCCAUUCACCUGUUCUGUGUGUGAGAAGGGAUUCAGUUGGUCUUCCCACCUGUGGACACACCAGUCAGUUCACACCGGGCAGAGGCUGGUCAACUGCUGAAUUUGUGGGGAAGGAUUCACUCGGUCAUCUGACCUAAUGGCUCACCAGCGAGUUCACACUCGGGAGCGGCUGUUCACCUGCUCGGACUGUGGGAAACGAUUCACUCAGUCAUCUCAGUUACUGAGACACCAGUCAGUUCACACUGGGGACAGGCCAUUCACCUGCUCAGACUGUGGGAAAGGAUUCAUUUCAUCAUAUCAGUUACUGAGACACCAGUCAGUUCACACCGGAGUGUGGCUGUUCACCUGCUCAGACUGUGGGAAGCGAUUCACUGAAUUAUCUCCACUGAAGAUACAUCAGCGAGUUCACACCGGAGAGAGGCCAUUCAACUGCUCAGACUGUGGGAAGGGAUUCGCUCAGUCAUCUCAACUGAAGGUACACCAAAGAAUUCACACUGGGGAGAAGCCGUUCACCUGUUCGGACUGUGGCAAGGCAUUCACUUCAUCAGCUCACUUACUGAGACACCAGUCAGUUCACACUGGGGAGAGGCCAUUCACCUGCUCAGACUGUGGGAAAGGAUUCACUUCGUCAUAUAAGUUACUGAAACACCAGUCAGUUCACACCGGAGAGUGGCCGUUCACCUGCUCAGACUGCGGGAAGGGAUUCUCCGAAUUACCUCAACUUAAGGUACAUCAGCGAGUUCACACUGGACAGAGGCCGUUCACCUGCUCAGACUGCGGGAAGGGAUUUGCUUCGUCAUCCCAUCUGAAGAUACAUCAGCGAGUUCACACUGGAGAGAGGCCAUUCACCUGCUCAGACUGUGGGAAAGGAUUCACUCAGACAUCUCAACUGAAGGCACACCAGGGAGUUCACACCGGAGAGUGGGCAAUCACCUGCUCGGACUGUGGGAAGGGAUUCACUUGCUCAUCCCAUCUGAAGGUACAUCAGCGAGUUCACACUGGAGAGAAGCCGUUCACCUGCUCAGACUGUGGGAAAGGAUUCACUCAGACAUCUCAACUGAAGGCACACCAGGGAGUUCACACCGGAGAGUGGCCAAUCACCUGCUCAGACUGUGGGAAGGGAUUCACUUCGUCAUCCCAUCUGAAGAUACAUCAGCGAGUUCACACUGGAGAGAAGCCGUUCACCUGCUCAGACUGUGGGAAAGGAUUCACUCAGUUAUCUCAACUGAAGGCACACCAGGGAGUUCACACCGGAGAGUGGCCAAUCACCUGCUCAGACUGUGGGAAGGGAUUCGCUUCGUCAUCCCAUCUGAAGAUACAUCAGCGAGUUCACACUGGAGAGAAGCCGUUCACCUGCUCAGACUGUGGGAAGGGUUUCUCUUCGUCAUCCCACCUGAAGAUACAUCAGCGAGUUCACACUGGUGAGAGGUUGUUCACCUGCUCAGACUGUGGGAAAGGAUUCACUCAGUCAUCCAUCCUAAAGGCACACCAGCGACUUCACACUGGGUAGAGACCGAUCUGCUCAGACUUUGGGAAAAGAUUCUCUCAGCCAAAUCAACCAGUGUGCAUCACUGAGUUCACACUGGGGAGAGGCCAUUCACCGGCUGUGAAUGUAGGAAGCGAUUCACUCCAUCAUCUAAUCUUAUGUAGCUCUCAGUUCUGCUGGCAGCUUAACAGAGGGGGUUAUAGCCUGCCCACCCCAGUCUGGCCAAACUGAAUAAUCUCGUUUGGGUGGAUACUGAGUGAUGUGUCCCCUUUCUGUGAACUGUCUCUUUAAAAUGCAAAGAGAACCGAGACUGACUUUGGACACGCUGUUAGAUUUCUACAGAAGUGCUGGGUUGCUAUGGUGACCAGCUAAUGUUUAUGUUCUGUGUGGUUAAGCAAGGUCAGAAUGAUCCUUUACCGACACAGAACAAGCAAGCGACUUCUUACAGAGAGAGGGGGCGGAGCUACAUGAUGGACAGCUGGUGUUCAGUACAAUGGUAUUUAAACACACGUAACUGCUUUACUCGCAGGGCACACAGACGCUCAAAGGCUAGUGAUGAAAGUUUCUGCUAGUUGGACUUUCUUGUAUCCACAAGGGUGGGAUCUGAGGUUCGAUAAAGAAGAAUCGAUCUGUGGCUGUUAGUGCGUGUAAGAGCGACCCUGUGGGAUCUACCGGUAAGUCUAACCCUUGCCUGGGUUGGGAGACUUUCUCUUGAAGAAGGUGCUCUUGAGUUGGUCACGUCUGGCUAACUUGGAAGAUUUGAUGGGCAUUGGAAAAGGUGGACAACACCUGUUUACUUGGAUUACAUCUCCCUCACCCUCGCCCUCUCCUUCCCUCCCUCCCUCCCCCUCCAAUCUUGUGAACUAAAUUGAAUCUACCACAUCAUCGUAAGACUGGCGGUGCAGACUCGAGGGGCCGAAUGAUGUACUUCUGCACCUAUUUCCUAUUGUCUAUUGACUAUAUCGUUUACCACCUAGGUUUUGGAUUUUAUAUACAGGUGGCUCCCGUUUUUCGGACGUUCGCUUUACAACAGCUCACUGUUAUGAAAGACCUACUGAAUUUAUAACACAACUGGUGUACUCAGGCCUGCUGAACCCGGCCAGUGAAUCUGUUCCACGUCAGUCCAUCUAAAUCCCCCCCCCCCCCAUGUUGUUUCCCUUGAAUUCUCUGCAGACUGAGGAAGUCGAGAUGACUGCAGUUCUAAUCUCUGGGCUGAUGAAGAAUGACAUUGUUCGUUAACCUCCUUAAUCACAACUUAUUUCCACAUUAUGACUCAUUUUCCCUGCUUUUAAAGGGUUGUUGUUGGAAACACCACUGUCCUCUAAAGACUUAAAUUGGAAUGGGAACCCAUAAGUUGGAUGUUCAAAGGAGCAGGGUCAGAAACCAGAGGCGGGUCUGCACAGGGCAGAGUUUGGGACUCUGGACGAUGGAUCGGCUAAGAACGUAUGAUGAGGAAAAAGGAUUCAACAGUGGGGCGUGGCAAUGGAUGACAGAGUAGCAACAUGUGGACGCUAAUUGGCAGACGAAAUAACUUGGUUAUUUGACUGACGAAAAAUGCCUGUGGUGAGGGGCCCCAUUGGUCGAGGCACAUGUGUGUGUUGAGAAUGGUUAUACCUAUUGAGGGAGUUAUUCCUGCUUGUUUAUCCUGUAAUAUUAUAUCUGAAUGGUUAUUUGAGAUGAUCCUAUCUGAAACAAUGUAUUGAUUAUCAUAUAAUUUGUGAGAUUAUGUCCUUAACUGAAUCAGGCUUGAAGUCAUGGUGCCUUAAUGAAGUUACCGUGGUCAUUCAUCAGUUUGUGUUUUAAAGCAAGAUUUUGGUGAAUGAUUUUUGCCACUUGAUUUUACCUGCAUAAGUAAUCAGAUUGAGUUCAACUACUGCAGGAUCCUGGAAUGUGUUGGAUUGUGUCUGGUUUCUCUUGGCAUUUUCUGCAUUUAGUGUCUUGUUUGCUUGUAUUGCAUGUAUUUCAGAUUUUUUUCUUUUUCUUAAACACCUUGUACUGUAUUUCCGCAAGGAACUCCUCUGUUUCUGGGAAGAGGUCUCCAACUCUCAGUCAGGUGCUCGGUGCUUCCUUGUCACCAUCGAGUCUUCUCAGAUCGUUGGGAUGUCUCCCAUGGAGGGUCAUACUCAUUCCACUGGUUCAUGUUUUCUUCCAGAGUGAUGAUUCAAUUUUCUGAGUUGGCCUCUCAUUUAAGUUUUCUGUUCUGUAUUUCUUAUCACGAUUGCAUAUACACACAUGGAGUGCUGAAUCCAGUUCAUUUUUGAUGAAAAUACAUAUAACUAGAAGCUUAAUCUGACUGUUGUGUGAUUUCGUUUUAUUUCAUGUGUGUUAUUUCUCUUCCUCCUCCUGUCCAAGGUAGUGUUAAUCUAAGUGGGUUUGAGUGUAAAUGGUCUUUUCUUUCUUAAGUUCUUGUUUAUCAUUCUAAAUUUUACUGAUUGAAAUGGGACCAAGAUAUUUUUAAUUAAAAAAAAUUCAAUGUCGGUAUUGAUGAAAAUGUUUAUUGCUUGUAUUGUA